GUACACAACACUGCACCAGUGGUACACAACACUCCACCAGUGGUACACAACACUCCACCAGUGGUACACAACACUCCACCAGUGGUACACAACACUUCACCAGUGGUACACAACACUCCGCCAAUGGUACACAACACUCCACCAGUGGUACACAACACUUCACCAGUGGUACACAACACUCCACCAGUGGUACACAACACUCCACCAGUGGUACACAACACUCCACCAGUGGUACACAACACUCCACCAGUGGUACACAACACUUCACCAGUGGUACACAACACUCCACCAGUGGUACACAACACUCCACCAGUGGUACACAACACUCCACCAAUGGUACGCAACACUUCACCAGUGGUACACAACACUUCACCAGUGGUACACAACACUGCACCAGUGGUACACAACACUCCACCAGUGGUACACAACACUUCACCAGUGGUACACAACACUCCACCAGUGGUACACAACACUCCACCAGUGGUACACAACACUUCACCAGUGGUACACAACACUCCGCCAAUGGUACACAACACUUCCCUGGCAGGGAGUCAUGAGAACGUUUAG